CCCUAUCGUCGUUCUUUUACUCAAUUUGCAGGGUUUUCCAAAAAAAAAAAAAAACAUCAUUCGCAAAAUUGUUCGCCUAAUGGAUACCCCUGCACUACCUCUUUUCGACGCCAUUCGGGGGGUCAUGGCAGGUUCAUGGCCGGACGACGAGUACGACCUUGCCGAAUCACCACUCUCAUACGUAGACUACCGGAAGCAGAGGCUCAAAUGCGGCGAACCAGUCACCAUCACUACACCAUCCAUCACCAUUUCGAAAACAGAUGCCGAACCCGAAUCGGUCGCCGCGAUCGAGGAACCUAGGCCCGAGUCCGGGGGCAGCGCAGACCUGGCGCCUGAUGCUGGAUCAGAAUCUAAGUUAGGGACUGAGACAAAACGGACAGAUAUAGAUACAAAAGGAACAGAUUACGUCGAUGCGGGUGUGCAAACUGACGGUUCAUGGUUUAAGGCAUUGCUAGGCUUCGAGACGCCAAGAGGAAAGACCAUUCCAGCAAGCUCAUUACAAAGUGGAUGCGAAGAGGACAGAAGGGCAGCUUUUGGUAUUGAAGUUGAAGAAGAAAAUAACCUUCCGACGCGCUCCCGUAGAAACACUUUGGUCCAAACUGAAGGCACUAGCGACUUGGACCUCCCUCGACCCAACAGUAGUGGUGCGGAUUCAACAGAAACAUUAUCUAUUAACUCUGACGGGCCUACGGAAGUUUCAACAGCUGUACAAGUGAGAAUCUUUAGCUCACCGCCUCCUUCCUCUGUCACUACUUUAUCUCUUGACCGACACGAUUCUGGCUUCUUCCCAACAUCAACUUCACGACCUCAAACUCCCCCCCCGAAAACACACUCAAGACCAUCACUCCCACCAAGUCCACCGCCGAGCCCGCCAUCCAUGAGGAGACAAGCCGUAGUGGUCGGUCAGUCGCUGAUCGAGCGAAAAAGCACAGACUCAGCAGCUAGCGCAACCUCGACCCGGAUAAUCUCGAUAGAAAAUCCCCAACCAAGCUCAGUAUCGAUAGCCAGUCGAAACUUUAGUACAACCUCCGUGGCACGCCCCCGAUUCAGCACGAGUUCUCUGGUAGCGCCAAACUCCCUCUAUUCAUCCCCAAAGAGUUCCCGCUUCUUUGAGGACUUAAGCGACGAGGUCCGACCCGGUACCGCUGCGAGCGUAGAAGAGCUCGCGCGACAAUCGGAACCAAAAAAGGCACCCAGUCCAAGACCACAUACAGCCGUACCAUCGGUGCAGUCUGAAAAGAUCCCCGCAUCUCCUACGCGUCCGGCGACCGCACCCCACCCGUCUACCUUGUCGAAGGGAAAGCCUAAGAAGCUGAAGUUAAGACUGCCUAAGGGCUGCGGCCUCAAGUUUAGUAUUCCGAAAUGGGCCAAGAAGGCUUCGAGAGAGAAGAAGCGGGUUGUCAGCUAUGAGAGCACGAUCCGGACAACGGUUAGUGAAAAAACAUAAACCUCACCCCCGCUGGGUGUUAUAAUUUUUCAUAUUAUUCUCGUUCGCGCCAUUUCUUGCAUUAUCGGAGGAGCAUUUAUCGCGGCGUUUGGUUCAGAGCAUGAUGCAUGUUUCAUAGAAGGGAGUUUUUGUUUCUCUUGCUUUUUAAUCUUUUCUCUUUUUAAUGCCUAUCCCUUAUUCUCCUUUUCCCCCGGUCUGGGGAUCUGCGGAGUUGUGGUUUACCGCAAUGAAUUAUGUUUUCAUGACCAAAGUGUACUUACCCGAACCUAUUACCUCCUGGCUCUGCCCAACACUGUGUUGCUGGCAUCACAGCACACUCUCAUUUCUGCAUUUCCCCUGCCUGCCCCAACCACUCUUCCUUUUUUCUUUCCAUUCACUUCUAGUGUUAUCGACCCUUUCGUCCUCUUUUUUUUUUCUUUCUUUUUCAUUCAUUCAUUUUUUUCUAAUUCCCUUUCUUCCCAACCCCGUUCAAGUUACCCUUCGUCUGUGGAUACGAUAGAUAGAUAGACUCACGAGACCAGAAUACUAUUGUCAAAAAUAAGAAUUUAAUCUAAUUAUAUUAU